AUGAAGCCACGCACACCAGCCUGUGUGGAUUUGGGUUCUGAGUGUGAACCCAGAGCCAUGGAGAAGUUUCAGAGUGUUGUACGGAAGAGGGUGGCAGCCAACGCCCGAGAGAGGAAGAGGAUGCAGGGCUUGAAUACAGCUUUUGACCAGCUGCGCAAAGUUGUUCCUCAGUGGGGUCAGGACAAGAAACUUUCUAAGUAUGAGACCUUGCAGAUGGCUCUAAGCUACAUCAUGGCCCUGAACAGCAUCCUGACUGAUACCAGUAGAAACAGCGCACCUCACAGGCAAUGGCUGGAUCUGCAGUAUGAAGGCCUGCAGUCAGAGAGCUACCCCUGCAUUGUGAGGUACAGCUCAUCCACUGAAAACCAGUGCAUGUACACCUCCUUCUCCUCCCAUCAUCAAAAUUUCCAAGUCCUAACUUAG